GAAAUGCCAAGAAACAGAGCGAGGACAGUUCUUGUUGAAGAAGAGGAUAAGCAACCCGGAAACCCAUUCAUCAAAAGAGAAAAAACCCCUCCCCUAGGGAGACGCAUUGCCUCCUUCAACAAGGGGAUCCAUAUAUAUUUUAUUGUGACCACAAUGAGUUUGUAGAUUAAUGUAAGGUACUACAAUUUCUGGACUAAACUUGUCCAUGUAUUAGUUUUAGUGGUUACUGGGUCGUUUUCUAGGCUGCGUUUCCGGAUUGAAAAUGAAGAUCCAUUUUUAUCCAUAAUAGAAGAAAUCAAAUGGGUUUUUAGUCUUAUCCAUUGGCAAUCAGUUUCCAUAUUCACACAAAUUGGUCUCCAUCAUUGAAACAAAGAUAAGUAAUUCCCUCUUCACUACCACUUCUCUUCUCACCAUCCACCAAUGGAGAAUCAUCCACUGGUUUUUGCAGUUAAUCAGCAGAGAUUUGUUCUCUCCACCGUUGACCCUUCCACUAAUUUGCUUCAUUUCCUGCGCCACCAUACUCCUUUCAAGAGUGUCAAGCUUGGCUGUGGUGAAGGCGGUUGUGGUGCUUGUGUUGUUCUAUUGUCAAAGUAUGAUCCUGUGUUAGACAAGCUCCAACAUUUUACAGUAAGUUCCUGCCUCACCUUGCUUUGUAGUAUACAUGGUUGUUCAGUUACAACCAGUGAAGGUAUUGGAAAUUGCAAAGAUGGUUUUCACUCCAUUCAUCAAAGGUUUGCUGGCUUUCAUGCUUCCCAGUGUGGCUUUUGUACCCCUGGAAUGUGUGUUUCACUUUUUUCUGCUCUUCUGGAUGCUGAAAACACUAAUCGACCCGAACCCUCGUCGGGAUUCUCGAAACUUACUGUUUCUGAAGCUGAAAAGGCUAUUUCUGGAAACCUCUGUCGCUGUACAGGGUAUAGGCCAAUUGCUGAUGCCUGUAAGAGUUUUGCUUCUGAUGUUGAUAUUGAGGAUCUAGGGUUAAACUCAUUCUGGCAAAAUGGCUGUGCUGUGGAAGAGAGAUCUUGUAAAUUUCCACUUUAUGAACAAAAUGGUAGCUCGUGCUUGUUUCCUGAAUUCUUAAGAAAGGAAAUAAUGUCUAUCCCUUUUGUGGACUCCAAGGGAUGUUCCUGGCUUAAUCCGGUUAGUAUCAAGGAUCUUAACAGACUACUUGAAUGUGAAGAAUCUAGUACUAUAACCAAAACGAAGAUAGUCGUUGGCAACACAGAAAUCGGGUAUUACAAAGAUUUUGAACAUGUUGAGAGAUAUAUUAAUCUUAAACAUAUCCCUGAGCUGUCAGUUAUCAAGAUGGAUUCAACAGGAGUGGAGAUUGGUGCAACGGUAACAAUUGCAAAAGCCAUUGAGGCUUUGAAAAGUAAUAACCAUGAGCCAUCCUCAAUAGGUGAGAUGGUGUUCUAUAAAAUAGCGGUCCACAUGGAGAAAAUUGCUUCUAAGUUUGUACGAAAUACUGCAAGCAUUGGAGGAAAUUUAAUGAUGGCGCAAAGAAAAGGAUUUCCUUCAGAUAUUUCAACAAUACUUCUUGCUGCAGGAUCCAUGAUAAGUAUUUCGACUGGUUCUAGCGAAGAAGUGAUUAUAUUGGAUGAGUUUCUCAAGAGACCUCCAUUGGGUCCUAGAUGUGUACUUUUAAGUGUUAAGAUCCCAAAUUGGGAUUCAAUUAGAGACAUUUAUGCAAAUGAUACGUAUGUAGUUUUUGAUACUUAUAGAGCUUCGCCUCGGCCCCUCGGAAAUGCACUGCCAUACCUAAAUGCUGCUUUCUUAGCUGCAAUCUCCCCAUGCAAAGAUUCCAAUGGUAUCAUAUUAAAUAGUUGUCAUCUGGCAUUUGGAGCUUAUGGGACCAAGCAUGCAAUUAGAGCCAGAAAGAUUGAAGAAUUUCUUGCUGGAAAAGUUAUUGAUUAUAAUGUCAUAUAUGAAGCUGUCUCAUUGAUUGGAGCCACCAUAGUUCCUGAAAAGAGCACUUCCUCUCCUGCUUACAGGACAAGCUUAGCAGUUGGCUUUCUUUUUGAGUUCUUAUACUCCUUGGUUCGUGGCGAUGUUGCAAUCAAGAGCAAUUACCUCAAUGGAUGCAGGAAUGCCUCGUCAACCCUACCCGACAGAUUUAUUUCAAACAAAAACCUAUUUGGUUAUAAUAAAACUGCAGAUCUAUUAUCAUCUGGAAAGCAGGCAAUGGAAUUAAGUUUAGAAUAUCAUCCAGUUGGAGAUACCGUUAUAAAAUCUGGAGCUGCUAUUCAAGCUUCAGGUGAAGCAAUCUAUGUGGAUGAUAUUCCUUCGCCAACAAAUUGCCUAUAUGGAGCAUUCAUAUAUAGCACAAAGCCUUUGGCACAGGUAAAAGGGUUUACUUUUCCUCCCAAAUCACAACCAGAGGGAGUUAUUGCUGUUAUUUCUACUGGAGAUAUUCCUGUAGGUGGUUACAACAUUGGAGCAAGAACCAUGUUUGGUGAUGAAAUUCUAUUUGCAGAUAAGUUGACAGAGUGUGCUGGUCAGCCACUUGCCUUUGUGGUAGCAGAUACACAGAAACAUGCAGAUGCGGCUGCAAACUUUACAGUAGUGAAUUACGACACAGAUAAUUUGGAAGCACCUAUUCUUUCUGUAGAAGAUGCUGUUAAGAGGUCAUGCUUCUUCGAGGUCCCUUCAGUUUUGCUUCCGGAACAGGUUGGUGAUAUAUCAAAAGGAAUGGCUGAAGCAGAUCACCAUAUUAAUGCUGCUCAGAUCAGACUUGGAUCACAAUAUCAUUUUUAUAUGGAGACGCAUUGUGCACUUGCCAUUCCAGAUGAAGAUAACUGCAUGGUGGUCUACAGUUCAAAUCAAUGGCCAUCUAAUAUUCAUUCUGUAAUUGCAAAAUGUCUCGGCAUUCCUGAACAUAAUGUCCGUGUAAUUACCAGAAGGGUUGGAGGAGGCUUUGGUGGAAAGGGCACAAGAUCUAUGGUUGUUGCUACAGCAUGUGCACUUGCAGCUCACAAGUUACGCCGUCCUGUCAGGAUUUACCUUAAUCGGAAGACUGACAUGAUAAUGGCAGGAGGGAGACAUCCAAUGAAAAUAACUUACAAUGUAGGCUUCAAAUCUAAUGGUAAAAUUACAGGGUUGCAAUUAGAUAUAUUGAUUGAUGCAGGUAUGAGUACUGAUGUAAGUCCAAUAAUACCACACAACAUCGUCAAUGCACUUAAGAAGUAUGAUUGGGGUGCUUUAUCUUUUGAUAUAAAAUUAUGCAAGACAAACUAUUCAAGCAAAUGCGCAAUGCGAGCCCCUGGAGAGGCACAAGGAUCCUUUAUUGCUGAGGCGGUAAUUGAACAUGUGGCAUCUACCCUUCGCAUGGAUGUGGAUACUAUUCGAAAAGUAAACCUGCAUACAUUUGUGAGCAUCAGCAAAUUCUACAAGAAUCCAGGUGAACCUGAAGGGUACACUUUACCUUCAAUUUGGGAUAGGUUAGCCACAUCUUCAUGCUUAAAAAAAAGGGUUGAAAUGGUAGAUGAAUUUAAUAGCUACAACAUAUGGAAAAAAAGAGGUCUUUCUCGAAUUCCAGUUGUGCACGGAGUAAGAGCGAGGCCAACUCCUGGGAAAGUGAGCAUUCUAACUGAUGCUUCUGUUGUUGUGGAAGUUGGAGGCAUUGAAAUUGGGCAGGGGCUGUGGACAAAAGUGAGACAGAUGGUUGCAUAUGCUCUUAGCUCAAUUGGAUGUGAUGGAACUGAUGACCUUUUGGAAAAGGUGAGAGUGGUUCAAUCUGAUACCGUUGCCUUAAUACAAGGAGGGGGUACAUUUGGAAGUACUACCUCCGAGUCGAGCUGUGAGGCUGUUAGACUUUGCUGCAAUAUACUGCUAGAGAGACUAACACCUCUCAAGAAAAGGCUGCAGGAUAACGGUUCCCUCAAAUGGGAUGUGCUCAUAAGUCAGGCAAACUUGCAAGCAGUCAAUUUGUCUGUAAAUUCUUUGUAUGUCCCUGACUUUGUUUCAAGUAGCUACUUAAACUAUGGAGCUGCAGUGAGUGAGGUGGAAGUUGAUCUUCUCACUGGAGAAACCACAAUUUUGCGUUCAGAUAUUCUCUAUGAUUGUGGACAAAGCCUCAAUCCUGCUGUAGAUUUGGGACAGAUUGAAGGAGCAUUUGUGCAAGGAAUUGGAUUUUAUAUGUCAGAAGAAUACUUGACAAAUCCUGAUGGACUAGUGAUUACUGAUAGCACAUGGACUUACAAAAUUCCUACAAUUGACACCAUACCAAAACAGUUGAAUGUGGAAAUUUUAAAUUCUGGACAUCAUAAAAAUCGCAUUCUCUCUUCAAAAGCUUCAGGAGAACCACCAUUGCUUCUAGCUGCAUCAGUUCAUUGUGCAACACGAGCGGCUAUUAAAGAGGCACGAAAACAGAUACGUGGAUGGCGCCAUCAAGAUGAGUCUGAAUUUGAUUACGCAGUACAGCUAGAAGUUCCUGCUACCAUGGCUGUUGUUAAAGAGCUCUGUGGGCUAGACUGUGUGGAAAAUUACCUGAAAUGGAUCAACGAAUCGAGAAGCACUGUGAGUGUAAGCUAAGCUAACCACAUACUUGGCCUUCCAAACACAUAGGUCAUGCCAAUUUACUCAUAAUAAUGCUUGUGAUUGGAGAAAUAAGAUCAGUCUAUGAGGCAAUCUACACUUACUCAUUUCAAAGUUUAUUUGCAGCAGCAGAAAUAAGCAAGCAAAUCUACAAAUAUCAUGGGUUAUUGGGAAAUAGAGCAGUUUCAAAUAUACCACAACCACGAUUUAAUUUCUUUUUAAUGUUUAUAUUGAUAUCAAAAUUUAUAUUUUACAAAUGUAUUAAUAGAAUAUCGAUAUUGACGAAUAAAUCUGUAAAUCAAGAAAUUUUAUUGUCAAUAUUUGUAUUCAUAUAUUGAUGACUAAAUAAUGAUAUGUUUUAUAUUUGAUGGA